ACGUGAGCCGACCCUGUGAUUCGAACGGAGAAUGGCAGUACCUACAGUACAACUGUCUAAGAGCUGAUGUUAGCAAUGCUGUUAACCAGACAUAUUCGCUGACUGGAAAAGUUACAUCGGCCGAGGUUAUCAAAGCUUUGUCGGCGGUUGCAAACGUUACAGAAUAUGAAGAAAAUCGGACAUCGUCAGAGCUGCUCAAUACCACAGAAAUAUCAGCUUUAGUAAACGCUUUGGACUUAGUUGCAGGCCUUGUAAGUCGCCAAGGAAUAGCAACGUAUGAUGUUGCCAAGGUAUUUCUGAAAUCGGCAAGCAAUAUCUUAGAUAUGGAAAACAAAGACACAUGGUUAUCGUUGAAACAAGCGAACAAAAACACUAGUGAAACACUUUUGUCUUCAAUCGAUGAAUUUGGUUCUGGACUGCGUAAGAGGAUAGCAGCUGAAGUUAUUGGCAACGUUGUUAUUGUUAAUAAGAAUUGCGUGUUCGAAGUCAAGAAAGUGACUGAUGGGAUCGUAAAAUUUCCUGACAAUCAAACCAUUCAAAACGACAACCAAGGUGACAAUACAUGGAUUGUUCAGUCAAAGAGUCGCAUAUCUUUAAACACAACGGCAUUAGGUGAAGUUGUUGUAACGAUAGUUAUCUACAAAGAUAUGAAUGGCAUAAUAUCUUCUAGAACGUCAAGCAACCGGUCAUCGCACAAAGAAGAUAUAGUUAACGGCCCUAUCAUUUCGGUUUCGAUUUCCGAUAACUCUACCAAAUUGGUCUCACCGAUUCAUAUGACCUUUGAACAUGGACAGAAAAACUUCACCAAUGCAACAUGCAACUUCUGGAUGUUUAGGCCUGAACAGCUGGGCUAUUGGGACAAUGACGGAUGUAAAGUUCAAACUUCAAAUGACACGAUUACUGUGUGUGAAUGUUACCACCUCACAAACUUCGCUGUCCUGAUGAGUCCUUUUGUUGAGGCAGAUGAAAAUACAAGAGGCAUACGCAUUGUUUCGAUUGUUGGCAUUUCAGUAUCUUCAUUGUGCCUAAUUCUGACGAUUAUUGUUUUUGCAAGGCUUUGGAGAUACGUUCGAAGUGACAGAUCCAUUUUGUUGCUGAAUCUCAUCACUGCGCUUAUAAUCUCGUACGGGAUCUUUAUCGGAGGGAUCGACCGUACGGAAAAUAAGGCUUAA